AUGAUGCAGGAAACGGUCGUUACGGUUGGCCAGCCGCAGGUGACGCCAACCAUCAAUCCAGCCGCCACACAGUCCAGCUCAGUUGGGCUGCGCUUUAACAUCGGAUACUUUACCCGACCGUCCGGAAUUCUGAAAGUGAUCCAGAUCAUCUUCGGCAUCAUCUGUAUGGCUUGUGCGACUCCCGUUAUCGCCGGCACCGGUUGGUUCAUGUUCGUUGCGAUCUUCUCCUUCAUCUGUACCGUGCUGUGGAGUUUCGCGCAUCUGUUCGGCAUCCGGGAAGCGAUCAGUCCGAGCUUCAACUGGGGCGCGACGGAACUGUUCAACACGGCGUUCAUAGUAUUGAUCUACUUCAUUGCCUUCAUCGUGCAGCUGGCCCUGUGGGCCAACCUGACCCACGACGACAGAAGUCGGAAUCUGGCCGCGGGGUCUUUUGGUAUAUUUAAUUUUCUGGCGUACGUGGCUGGGCUCUACUUCCUCUAUCUAGAGUACAGUUAGGACGGUGGCGAAUCGAACGGAGAAUCGGAGGUUGAGUGCAUAAUCAAUCAUAUACCAAAGCUCAGGGGAAAAGUUCAGUCCAGUAGAAAAUAAAGUUUUAAACCGC